CAGAGAAGCUAAAGCCGUACAUGAUGCCAGCUUUGACAUCUCUUGUGAAUCAUUAGAUAUGUACCAUAAAGUUGUGGCUGCAGUAUGUGACGGCACAACUGCUAAUAUCGAAAAUAAGGAUGAUGAUGAAGAACCGGCUAAUGAGUGCAAAUUGGAAAAGGGGUCCGUAGAUGAGGUUCAGCAGGCUGAUGAGAGCAAGCUUACAACAGCAACAUCAGAUCAUGUGGACCAAGUGGUAAAAUCCGAGACGUGUCCUAAAGAAGAGGUAGACCCUACAGUGGAGAACAAAUCUCCAAAAUCAGUUAUGAGUAACGGAGUAAAUGAGACGGUUAAGGAAGAAGCAUCAGUUGACCAAGAGUCAAAGAAACUAGAGGAAGAAAAAACUCAAGAAUCGCUUAAUAAAUAAGACACUGACGAUUAUGAUGCUGACAAUUAUGUUUUUU